AUGCAAUCUCAUUCUAGACAAAAUUAUGGUUUCAAGUAUAUUUUAGUUGUUAUAGAUACAUAUAGUAAGUACGUAUGGCUUAAGGCGUUGAAAAAUAAAACAACGAAAGAAUGUACAAAAGGCAUGUUUAAAAUAUUGAAAAAAGCUCAUCCGAAAUUAUUACAGACAGAUAAUGGUACAGAAUUUUACAAUGCUCAAUUUCAAGAUGUAAUGAAAAAAUUUAAAAUUAAACAUUACAGUUCAUACAGUGUUAUUAAAUGCUCAAUUGCGGAACGCGUGAUCAGAUCUAUUAAGAAUAAUAUAUGUAAAUAUUUUACUGCUACUGGUACAUGGAAUUGGUAUAAUACACUAUCAAAAAUUACACAAAAUUAUAAUAAUACAAAACAUAGAACAAUCAAAUGUACACCGAAUGAAGCUCGAAUGGAUACAAACAAUAUUAAAUUUAAUACACAAAUAAAUUAUACAUUAUAUAAUCCAAAAUUUAAAGUUAAUGACAAAGUAAGAAUAUCCAAGUAUAAACAUAUAUUUAGUAAAGGAUAUACACCAAAUUGGACAACGGAAAUAUUUACAGUUUCAAAAGUUUUACAGACAAAUUCAGUAACUUAUCAACUAAAGGAUGAAUCAAACAAUAUAAUUUUAGGUGGUUUCUAUGAACAGGAAAUUAAAUUAACUGAUUUUCCAAACACCUUUCUCAUUGAACGUAUUGUAAAAAAAGUUGGGAAUAAAAUGCUUGUUAAAUGGUUAGGUUUUGAUUCAAGCCAAAAUUCAUGGAUAACAUCAUCAGAUAUUUUAACAUAA